GGGCUUCUUCACACAGUAGAUUCCGUUGUUUUGAUGAGAAUAGAUGUCCCGCUGAAAGAAAUCGACUAUUUACAGGAAAAAGUGAACCGUUUUCGGGAAAUUUCACUGUUAGGUAGCUCGUUAGGUGCUACUUGAUCGAGUCGCUUGUGGAAAAAAGCGACUUGAUUAUUCUACACGAAGCUGUUUGUAAGAAAUCAGGUGGAAAGGGAUGCCGCUGCAGACAGACUCCGACGGACGACAACAGUCUUUGGAUUUAAUCUCAUCGCAUUUGAUCGGGAAGAGCAGUUUUUCUAUAAAUUUAAAAGGCCUCAGUAUAACCCAUUCUCGACCGAGUACUUGCUGGAGAUGCUUAUGUCCGAGUGCGAACUAAAAGCCCGACAGGAGCGGUUAUAAUAUUCAAACUAGCGAUCAGGCUAGUUAGCCCACCGUUAGCUGGUCAACAACAAAGCGGGGGUCGUUAAUCUUUUAGCUUCACAGAGUGACCAGUUAGGUGACAAAAACCGAGUGUAAAGUCGACGACUUGGCCUUUUAAACCCCUUUUUCUUCCUGCCUGUGGUGAAAAUAUCGCUCGACAGAAAUGAAACUGUUGGAAAACUCCAGUUUUGAAGCCAUCAGCUCCCGGCUGUGCGUUGAAACAGGAGAGUCUCGUAUCCUUGGCAGGAUUGAGAGCUACUCCUGCAAGAUGGCAGGGGACGACAAACAUAUGUUCAAGCAGUUCUGCCAGGAGGGGGAGCCGCACGUCCUGGAGGCCCUCUCCCCCCCUCAGUCCACCAGCGCCACCAGCCCUUCACAGCUGGGGAAGAGCAUCGAGGAUGCAGAGAACCCUCUGAGCGACAAGUGUUGCAGGAAGACUCUUUUCUACCUCAUCACCACGCUCAACGAGUCUUUCAGACCCGACUAUGACUUCAGCGCGGCGCGGGCCCACGAGUUCAGCCGAGAGCCCAGCGCGAACUGGGUGGCUAACGCAGUGAACGGCAGCUUGUUCUCAGCCGUGGGAGAGGAGUUCAACUCGCUCGGGCCAGAGCUGUGGAACGCCAUGGACCAGGAGAUCAACCUGCAGGGCUGUGACAUUUACAGCUACAACCCUGAUCUGGACUCGGACCCUUUUGGUGAAGAGGGGAGCCUCUGGUCCUUCAACUACUUCUUCUACAACAAAAAACUCAAGAGGAUUGUAUUCUUCACAUGUCGCUCAGUCAGCGUCUUAAGUGGCUACGGCCGUGAUUGUCUCGACAAUGAGCUGGACAUGGAGCUGGACAGCGAGGAGGAAAUGGACGGCUUCGCUGAGGAUAGGUUCCCCAGAGCUCUGUGCGUGUGAGUCCCUCGCCUCAGUCAAAGAACAUCGAGGCCGUCUCUUCAUCCCUUUUUUUUUUUUUCACCUCAUAUACCCUCUUGGCUUUUUUUUUUUGUGACAUGUUGCUGCCUCAUCCAAAGCCAUUUCGCUCAUCAUUAAUCUUGUGCAUGUUUGAAGGCCUCUCCUCUGCUGGCAGUGAACUGAACCGCGAGUCGGUGGACAUUUUGUUAAGACCCAGCGGUAACAUUUAAGCUCCUUUUACUCUCCAGUUUGCUUUUUUUAACCCAAAACUGAAAAGCCCGACAAGCACAGAUGAAUACAAACACACAUGGGCUUCUCUGCAUCUGCCACAUUUCCAAAGAGACCCCUUCAUGGACACUUGAGAAGAAGAAGGUCUUAUUGUGGACAAGCAGGCACCAAAAAAAAAAAAACUGCGAGCGAGUAGAGUUUCAUGUGAUGUCAACCAGGAGGAGUUCGGAUAACACCAGCAUAAACGCAAACUCACACAGACUUAAGAUUUGACGCUAAGCUGGAGGAAGGCUGACUCACUGAACAGCAGAGAACUCAUCUGUCACUCAUCGUUUGCUAAAUUUUGUGUGUUGUGUGUGACAUACUGUGAGUUUUUUAGCACUGAGUUUGAAAUCUUAAAACGCUGCAUUUAUAACUGAGACUUCUAUUAUUGAAUCUUAUUACUGCGAGGAGCUCGUCUGUACUUUAGACUGUAGGGCAUUGCCGAGGAGACUGUCGUUGGCACCCGGGGUUGCAGCUUAGAAAACAUAUCAGCGUUCAACAGAUAUCCUGUUCAGUGUCAUCUGUUGUCCAGCUCCAUGAUUUGAUUUUUUUUUUUUUAUACCUUGUCUAAAUUGUUUUUCCACUGCUUAAUUCAAACUUGGUCCAUUUCUAAAUGUCGAGUCUUGCCAGUGAUUCUUCUUUGCUUAAUAUUCCCAUGCAAAGGCAUCAUUACAGUGAAUGUAUAGUCCAACUUAGAGAAAAAACCCCAAUACAGUGAAAUGCUACAUUUGACAUGAUUUUUUUAGACAAGCGAGAAGCUCCUCUUUUACGUUUCUAAGAGUUUUGUGACUUUUCUUGGCUGUUCUGUGCUUUGAUGAUCCGGCCGAUAUAUCGCAGCUGUGAAUAAACCGUUGUUUGAGUCAGA